GUCAUUUGAAGGGGAGUUUGGGACGGGUCUGUCCGCUGGACGACAGAACGGACACAGACUGUAACAAACAACCGACGUUAAUUUCACCCCCGCUCUCUAGACCUGGUGUCCCUUAAUCUAACCAUGACGCUCGAAAGGGACACAGAGCAGAGUAGUUCAAACUUCUAGUGAUCUGACUAUGGAAACUAAAAGGAAGCGGACAGCAGCUACAACCCGCUCCCUGAACCCGGCAGAGAGGAACGGAAGAAUGGACGGUGUGAACACUGGCCCGCGCCGGUACUGAACCUCCUUCCCCGGGUCCACUCUGGCUACAUGUCCCCCUCCUCCCCGUGCCAGAUGCCUCUGCGGGGCGACGGAGGCUACAAGUCGGCCCCGGUGUCCCCCGCGCCGCCCGUCCCACCGAGGAGGGUCCGGGGCUGCGGCAGGACGCGGCGGUCCGGAGCGGGGGCGGCGGGGGCCGGAGCGGCGGAGCGGCGGGUGAAGUGCGUGCUGGUGGGGGACGGAGCCGUGGGGAAAACCAGCCUGGUGGUGAGCUACACCACCAACGGGUAUCCCACCGAGUACGUGCCCACGGCGUUUGACAACUUCUCGGCGGUGGUAUCAGUGGACGGUCAGCCAGUCAAACUACAACUCUGUGACACAGCCGGACAGGAUGAGUUCGACAAGCUGCGGCCUCUGUGCUACACCAGCGCCGACGUGUUCCUGCUGUGCUUCAGCGUCGUCAGUCCCGCUUCCUUCCAGAACGUUCCUGAGAAAUGGGUUUCAGAGAUCCGAAGGCACGCGCCCUUCGCUCCGCUCGUCCUCGUCGGGACGCAGUGUGACCUCCGAGAAGACGUCAAGGUCCUCAUCGACCUGGCUAAGUACCGGGAGCGACCCGUGGACCCAGCAGAUGCCCGUGACUGUGCGAUGGAGAUCGGAGCCGUGUCCUACAUGGAGUGCUCUUCCCUGACCCAAAAGAACUUGAAAGAAGUGUUCGACACGGCCAUACUGGCCAGCCUGCAGAACUACAGCUCCCAUAAGCACUCGAGAGGGAAACAGAAACGGAGAAAAAAGCAAAGGCAGAAACCAGACAAGAUGAAGACUCUGUCCAAGUCGUGGUGGAAAAGGUACUGCUGUGUGGCCUAGAGCGGGUUGGGUCUCAGACUCUGAGCAGCUGGCUUUGAGUUUCUCCCUGAUGGAGCCUGACUGAACCGUUGCUGGGAACCAAAGUAAGACUCACGGAUCUAAUUUGUUUCUUUCUUUUUUUUUAAAUGGGGUUUUUAGUCUUAUCAUGGAAGGGAUUCACAACUGAGCCCAGCCUGGUUUUAAGAAAACCUAUAUUUUUUAAAAGAGCAGUCUUUUUUCUACACUGGUUUCCAUCCUAGCUGGCCUCCAGUCGGAUCCAUCCUGCCCCUCCUGGAAUCCUGGUCGCACCACGAGGAGCAGGAGACCCUCUCCACGUCACGGUGGAAGUGACAAUGUUGCUCUAGGCCGGUCUCGACUUGAACAAGAACAAGUCGUGUCUGUGGUGAACACGUAUGAUGCAAUAGUGUUUAGUCGGGUGUUCUCGUAACAACCUUCACCGGCCUGGUAUGGGUUGAUGCCCGUCGUGGAGCUCGACUCACUGAAACCUCGUCUGGACUUCCUUCGUCUAACGUGUUUGUUGUGACACUCAGAAUUAGAAGUAACUGCUGACUGAAAUAGAGCGUCCCUCUGAUCAGAAAGUGUCCUCAUUUACACUCUUCACAUGAAAAUAAGAAGUCAUUUCGUAUGUUCUGUCAUGAUCUCCAGGCAUGAUUGAAGUCAUAAAUUGUCUUGUUAUAAUCAUUGUUGCUGUCAUGAAAGAUGACGUGGCUAACCAUUGGUCACAUGCUCAGUUCACCAGGUGCAGCUUAAAGCCCUGAUCUGACGCCUGAAUCACGGUUUACCUUUUUAGUUUAGUCUCCGUCUAAAUUCAUGCAAUUGCGCCCGGUUUAGUUUUUAGUUGGAUUUUCUUCACUUCCUGUUGAAUACCAAACACCAGCGAACGUAGUGACCGGGCAGUGGAACGUGUUUGGUGAGAUGUAAGACUCAUACUGUGUCUUAUUAGAAACAUAACUCACGCUGAUGUCUUUUCCCCGUCGGGGUAAAGCGUGUUCACCGAUCCUACGUCAGUACUGAAGGACUCUGCCGUCUGUGCCUUAUUAAUGAAACCAGUAAGUUGCAAGAGGCAAUUUAAUAGACAUCCUCACUGCGAGUGGGAGCAGAAUUAGAUCAACCGAGUGCUCUUUGCGCGGCUUAAAAGUCACACAAUGAAGUCUGCUGUUUGAUUUCUGUCGGUUUGUAGCCAGAAAGAAACUGAAAAAAUAUGGGAUUUUAUUCCUGAGCUUUUCAAUGCAAUUGUGUGUGUAAGACUGUGAAGUAUUAAUUAUGUACAUAUUCAGUGAACUCUGCUCUUUGUAGUUAUGAACUAUAGUUAGAUUCAUCGUGUGUGUUUGUUCCUUUUACCCAAAUUAUGCAUAUUAUUAUUAUUUCAGCCGUAACCAUUGAUCGAUUCUAUCUCUCCGCAUCCAUGAAGCUUUAAUGCUUGACGCCUUUUGUCCGUCUCCGUUAGUUCUGCAGCCUCUUCGCUCUCCGAUAGAUUCAGUUUCAUUUGUCGUGAAGAAGAAAUAAAAAGACUCAACAUGUGUGGAUGUCAAACGGUCCGCGGCCACACCUUCCUUUGUACAUUGUAGAUACUAAAACAAGAACAAAACACAUUAAUGUAUCUGCGCUGCCUUCAUCUGAAGGACUCUUUGUGUUAGAGCCUCGGAAAGGAAAAGGGUGCAACCAGGUCUCGGUCCGUGAUGAAUUCAAGGCAGAUCUGCCAAUAUUUAAUGAGCAUCAUGAGCUUGGAUGUGUAACGGUUUAGCUCCAUGCCUUCCUUUUUGUAAUCGUUGUUUUCAUCCUGUCACACCAUCUCGUCAGUCCAACUCCCCUCACCUGCCUCUGAUCACCUCGUUAGUCCCUCAUUCCCUUCACCUGGUCCUCACGCCCUUCUCACCUGCAGCCCAUCCCCUCAUUAGUCCCUCACUAUUUAGCUCCCUCACUUCCACUUGUCCUCUGCCAGAUUGUCUUGUGUUUUCGUGCCAAGUUCUCCAGUGUUAUUAGAGUAUAUUCCUGACCUGCCUGUCCUGACCCUGCCUGCCUGCUCUGACCUCUGAUUCUCUGCCCCGCCCCUUUUUGGACUUGUUUGCUUCUUCGACUGAUCUCCCGGUUUUGACCCAGCCUGUUUCCAACCAAAGACAGUAAUCUUUGUUACUCCUGUCUGAGUCGUGCUUUUGGGUCCACUCUAAUAGCGUCGUGACAGGAUGUAGCUCUAUGACAUACAUUUAUUUCUCAGCCCAGGGACGAUAUAAACUUUGACCUAAAGCCCUGUGGAGAAAAUUAAUCUUGCGACAAGCUAAACCUGUCUGAUUAGGCAACCAAAGGUCACAAGAUGAGGUUGAAGGUUGAAGGUUAACAUCUUCACAGUGUUAACAACUUUUAAUUUGACCGCUAAUGUUCUGCUGCUUUUGUUCUAAGUCAUUUAUUCCACUUAUCUUCCCCCUGGGUUUCUUUUAGUCAACCAUGGGCAGAGAGCACGCUGAAAAUCCUGUAAUAUUUAUAAUAUAAGACUGUGCCUUAAAAUUCAACAAACAACAACUUUUUUUAAUUGAACUGCACUCAGAGGAAAAUAUGUUACGCCAAUGUUUGGCAUUCAUGUCGUGUUUUCCAUCUAGUUAUUGCAAAGUGACAUGAGACUGCCGGAACGUGCACAAACACACAGACCUGUGGAAUAUUUUCAACCGUUUGUUUGCUACUUUCUUUUAAAUAUUUCUAGAUUACGCACUGCUUCAGGGCCCCGAGACCCUGAACACAACUGCAGCUGGAAAUUGGCUCCACAAUUUGGUUCUCAUGAGAGUUAUCCACAAAAAACAUCCUCUGACCCAACUUGAUGAUGUAGCCACACGGUGGACACUAUAAUACGAACGGCAUCGUUCUCUAGCAGCAAACGGAAAACGUCAUCUAAAAUGUCUCUCAACUCAAAUAAUUGUUGAUUUUAGGCCUGAGUUUAAAACGAAGGCUCCAGAUUUGCGGACAAUGCUUCUCUGGAGCUGUUUGGUAGUUUUCUGCCGAAGACGCUACGACUGCGACUGAAUGGGUUCACUGUGUCUCGAUGUUUUACUCAUGAUAGCAAAUGCAUUGUUUCGUGCAUUGGUGGGGGGAGGCAUAAUAAGUUGCUUGUCUUGCAGCCUUGGCUGAUGUUGGAUCUAAGUGUGGUAAAGGUCACACGGACCCUUCUGAUAGCAUUUCCUGUCAGGUCGGAUCCAUUUUACGGACUUAACAUGUAUAAUUUAUAGAGAGCGCAUGAGUUUCUCAUCACAGAGUGUUUGCAUACAACAUUUAGUUUGGGCUUCAAUAUGAGACACAUGUGUCACGUUCUGUUUAAAUACAUUAUAACAACGUAAAUGAUGACCUGCGUGUUUGUGACAAGGAUUUGAGGAAGACUCCAUCUUUGUUUAAUUUUUGUUUAGUAUUUUCACUUAAUUUUUUUAUUCGUUUAGACAUAUUAACGUAAAACAAAUACAAAAAUGUCAGACAUAAACAUUAAAAAAAUAAUAUAUAUAUAUAUACCUACACAUGCACACACAAAACAGGACACAAUGAUAUAUAUAUAUAUAUACACACACACAUAUAUAUACAUAUAUAUAUAUAUACUGUAUAUAUAUAUAUAUAUACACAUACAUACAGACAUAUAUAUAUAUAUAUUUGUUUAGUUUUUCCUCUCUUUAUCUAACUCCAGGUAAAUUACGCUUAUGCUAUAAUAAAUAAAAUCGAGCCCCUGCCGUCCGCUCUUGUCGCAAAGGGAUUAUUAUUUUAAUAGUUUAAAAAAAUAUGUUUUAAAUGAAGUAAGCCGAAGCUACUGGUGAUACUAGACCAAGUAAGGCUGCAGCAGUGGAACAUUUGUGCUUUCCUAUUCUCAUGAAUUCAACUUUUCUUUAUGUUUAAGACUAAGAUUUUGUUAAUUCUUCUUUUAAAAAUGACAUUUUUUUUCUCGCUUUAAUGUUUUAACGGCUUGUCGAGACCCGGACUCGGCUGGUCGAUCCCCAGCAGCGUACGAGUCUGCAGCGACAGACGGCUGUGUGAUGUCGAACAGAUGGUCUCUGAAAGUGAACUAUUGUGUUUAGAGAGAGUCAGAGGAGAGACGUGAGGGGGACACUACGUAGACAAAGUAUUGUGUUCUGUUGAAGGUUAGACGGAAAUGUUAAUGCUCUGUUUUCGGGACAGGUGCAAAGUCUGUAUGUGGAUUAGAAAAAAUAAGUAUGGCUGCAAUGGCUGACUUCAGCUAUUGUGAUUAAUGAGGGGUUGGAAUUUACAAACCAAAUACAAAAUGAAACAGUGUCUGUAUGCGAAUGACCUCGGAUUACUGGAAGCAAAUCCGUUUUUAUCGACUUAUACGUGACGCUUAAUUCUCACACAUUGAAUACAAAACAGUAUCCGUGAAGUCCAGUGUGUUUUUAAACCAAAGCAGGCAGCCCAGGGAAACAGACACAGCGGUUUCAUUCUUGAGAUGUCAUUGUUUUAUUGGAGUUGAUACCCUCGGAAAGCACACCUGAGCUUACUCACACGGGCCACCAGCUGAGAGCUUCUCACCCCACUCAGCCUGCUGUGUGAAACGUCAUUUUUCCUGCAUGUAAAAACGUUGUAACAGAGAGCACGCCGCUGCAAUCUGCUCACACUGAAUUCUCUGUUUGACCGAGUACGUCAGUCAAAGAAAGACGUGUUUGUACAGAAGAUUUAUAGCCUGAGAAAUAAAAAGUAUUUGGUGUAACA